CUCCCAAAGUGCUGGGAUUACAGGCAUGAGACACCGUGCCCAGACCUGCAACCUCCUAUCUUUUCCAGGUUUUGGGUUUUAGAACGGCCUGGGGAUGACUCAAAAUCCCCACGACUGCCCUGUCUCCUGGAGGGUCUAGUGGCCAUCAGUGCCUAGGGGAGUGGGGCCUCCUGAGGGAGCCCCUGAAUGACUAAUGGUGGAGGAGAUGCCUGGUAUACUCUUCAUCUAAAUAACCAAUUCUUGGGGUGCUCAGCUUCUCUCUCCCAACUCCAGUUUCCAUUAAUUGGAGACACAUGGCCGUCAGCCAGUUGGAUGUUGCUAUUGAGGAAAAGGAGAAAUGAUCCUGUCUUCUGGAUUGUCUCAACUGUGAAGAGAGAAAUAUCCCAAAAGACAAGGAAAGGCCACUCCAACGGGGUGCAGCAAUAGCCUGCAAAGCAAAAUAUACUUGGGGGUACACAGGGGACAGAAUGCAGUGUUGGUGGGAAACAGUCAUUGAGCACUUCUCCUUUCCUCUCAUGUGAAAUGUUCCAAGAGUCACCACCAGACACUUUCCUGUCAAAACAUGCAUGCUUCUCCUUUCCUCUGUUGUGGAAACACAUUUUAUCAGAUUGUCUUUUGGUUGAGGCUCCCCUUUGGAAACUUCAAAGGGUAUUGUGUCUUCAGUGCACUCUCCUAUGUUUUCUUGGUCCUGGGUGGCAGAAUUGGGGUGACCUAAUAUGCCCACAGCUGCUCUGUCUCUUGGAGGGCCUCGUAUCAGCCCCUGGGUCUCUCCUCCCAGGGGACAGAGUAAGGUAGGAGAAUGGGGACUCCCAAGAGAGCAGCUGAAUGCCUUCUGGUGCAGGGAGACUCCUGGUAUACUCUGCAUCUAGAUAGCCAAGCCCUGGAGAUGCUCAGCUUUUCUUUCCUAACCCCAGUUUUCAUAAGUUGGAGACACACGGCUGGUCAGCCAGUUGGAUGGUGCUAUUGAGGGAAAGGAGAGAUGAUUCCUGUCCUCUGGAUUGUGUCAACUGUGAAGGGAGACAAAACCCCAAAACACAAGGAAAGCCCACCCCAGCAGGGUGGACCAGUAGCCUGCAAAUCAGAAUAUGGAAGCGGAUACACAGCGGGGUAUAGUGCGGUGUUGGUGGAAAGUAGUCAUUGAGCGCUUCAGUGAGGAGGAUGGGGUGGAGAGAUGUUUCAUGUGACAGGGUGACCUGUGCUGACACAUGAGUCAGACAUCACUGUGUUCCAGCCAGCACUGCCCCUCUGUGGGCUUGUCUCUUGUAAAGAAUUGUUCAUACAUUGCAGCUUGAGUGUUUCAAAUUAACUUUACAUUGCAUUUUUCACUAGGGCCAAAUCCAAGAAUGAUUGUGUAGGUCAGUGAGACACAGAAGAGACAACUCAACAAAGCCCAUGACAUCACAGUGCACUGCUCACAAUCCCAGGAGAUGAGGGCAGCACACCUGCAGAGCAACACAGAGUGGGGGGAACAUCCAGGAUGCAUAUUCAACCAGCAGGACCCAGUGGCCUUUGAGGAUGUGGCUGUGAACUUCACCCAGGAGGAGUGGGCUUUGCUGGAUAUUUUUCAGAAGAAUCUCUACAGGGAAGUGAUGCUGGAAACUUUCAGGAACCUGACCUCUAUAGGAAACAGUUGGAAAGACCAGAACAUUGAAUAUGAGUACCAAAACCCCAGGAGAAACUUCAGGAGUCUCAUAGAAGAGAAAGUCAAUGAAAUUAAAGAAAACAGUCAUUGUGGAGAAACUUUUACCCAGCUUCCAGAAGACAGGCUGAACUUCCAGGAGAAGCAAACUUCUCCUGAAGUAAAAUCAUGUGACAGCUUUGUGUGUGGAGAAGUUGGCAUAGGUAAUUCAUCUUUUAAUAUGAACAUCAGAGGUGACAUUGGACACAAGGCAUAUGAGUAUCAGGAAUAUGGACCGAAGCCAUGUAAGUGUCAACAACCUAAAAAAGCCUUCCAAUAUCACCCCUCCUUUAGAACACAAGAAAGGGAUCACACUGGAGAGAAACCCUAUGUUUGUAAAGAAUGUGGAAAAACCUUUGUUUUCUAUUCAAGCAUUCAAAGACACAUGGUAAUACACAAAGGGGAUGGACCUUAUAAAUGUAAGUUUUGCGGGAAAGCCUUCCAUUGUCUCAGAUUAUAUCUUAUCCAUGAAAGAACUCACACUGGAGAGAAACCAUAUGAAUGUAAACAAUGUGGUAAAUCCUUCAGUUAUUCUGCUACCCUUCAAAUACAUAAAAGAACUCACACUGGAGAAAAGCCUUAUGAAUAUCAGGAAUGUGAGAAAGCAUUUCAUAGUCCCAGAUCCUAUCGUAGACAUGAAAGGAGUCACACGGGAGAGAAGCCUUAUCAGUGUAAGGAAUGUGGGAAAGCAUUCACGUGUCCCCGUUACGUUCGUAUACAUGAAAGGAUCCACUCUAGGAAAAAAUUUUAUGAAUGUAAGCAGUGUGGGAAAGCAUUAUCCUCUCUUACAAGUUUUCAAACACACAUAAGAAUGCACUCUGGAGAAAGACCUUAUGAAUGUAAGAUAUGUGGGAAAGGCUUUUGUUCUGCAAAUUCAUUUCAAAGACAUGAAAAAAUUCACAGUGGAGAUAAACCCUAUAAAUGCACGCAAUGUGGUAAAGCCUUCCCUCAUUCCAGUUCCCUUCGAUAUCAUGAAAGGACUCACACUGGAGAGAAACCCUAUGAGUGUAGGCAAUGUGGGAAAGCCUUCAGAUCUGCCUCACACCUUCGAGUGCAUAGUAGAACUCACACUGGAGAGAAACCCUAUGAAUGUAAGGAAUGUGGGAAAGCCUUCAGAUAUGUGAAUAACCUUCAAAGUCAUGAAAGGACACAAACACACAUAAGAAUACACUCUGGAGAAAGAUGUUAUAAAUGUAAGAUAUGUGGGAAAGGCUUUUAUUGUUCCAAAUCGUUUCAAAGACAUGAAAAAACUCACACUAGAGAGAAACUCUAUGAAUGCAAGCAAUGUUCAUUAGUUCCAGUUCCUUUCGAUAUCAUGAAAGGACUCACACUGGAGAGAAGCCAUAUAAAUGCAAGCAAUGUGGGAUAGCCUUCAGAGCUGCCUCAGUCCUUCAAAUGCAUGGUAGGAGUCACCCUGAAGAGAAACCCUGUGAGUGUAACCAAUGAGGGAAAACCUUCAGAUCUGCCCCACACCUUCGAAUGCAUGGUAGGACGCACAAUGGAGAGAAACCCUAUGAAUGGAAGGAAUGUGGGAAACCCUUCAGAUCUGCCCAGAACCGUCAAAUUCAUGAAAGGACACAAGCACACAUAAGAAUGCACUCUGUAGAAAGACCUUAUAAAUGUAAGAUAUGUGGGAAAGGCUUUUAUUCUGCCAAGUCAUUUCAAAUACAUGAAAAAUCUUACACUGGAGAGAAGCUCUAUGAAUGUAAGCAAUUUGGUAAAGCCUUUUUUUCUUUCACUUCCUUUUGAUAUCAUGAAAGGACUUAUACUGGAGAGAACCCCUAUGAGUAUAAGCAAUGUGGGAAAGCCUUCACAUCUACCUCACACCUUCGAAAGCAUGGUAGGACUCACACUGGAGAGAAACCCUAUGAAUGUAAGCAAUGUGGGAAAGGCUUCAGAUCUGUCAAAAAUCUUUGAAUUCAUAAAAGGACACACUGGAGAGAAACCCUAUGAAUGUAAGGAAUGUGGAAAAGUGUUCCAUAAUUUCUCUUCUUUGCAAAUACAUGAAAGGAUGCGCAGAGGAGAGAAGCCCUAUGAAUGUAAGCAUUGUGGGAAAGCAUACACAUCUGCCAAGAUCCUUUGAAUACAUGCAAGAACACACACUGGAGAGAAACCCUAUGAAUGUGAAGAAUGCAGAAAAGCAUUCAGCUUGCCUAUUUACUUUCAUAGACAUGAAAAGACUCAUACUUGAAGGAAACCCUAUGAAGGCAAGCAAUGUGGCAAAGUUUUCACUUCCAGUUCUUUUCAAUAUCAUAAACUCACUGUAGGGAGAAACCCUAUCAAUGUAAUCAAUGUGCAAAAGCCUUUAUUCCACUUCUUUUCAAUAUCAUGAAAGGACUCACACAGGAGAGAAACCCUAUGAGUGUAUGCAGUGUGGGAAAGCGUUCAUUUCUUCUAGUUCCCUUCGAUAUCAUGAAAGAACACAUGGGAGAGAAGCCCUGUGAAUGUAAGCAAUGUGAAAAGCCUUCAGAUCAGCCUCACACCUUCAAAUCCAUGGAAGGACUCACACUCAAGAGAAACCCUAUGAAUGUAAACAGUAUGGGAAAGCAUUCAGACCUGACAAGAUUCUUUGAAUACAGAUAAGGAAUGUAAACAAUUAACUGUUUAUAAUAACUGUAUACUAACAAAUGUUAUUCCUUUUAAAUAAUUAAGAAGCUAUAAUACCC